UGUUCUUUUGGGGCGUUAUCUGUCGGCCGCGGGUUGCGAGUGGGUGGUGAGAAAGGGUGACGUCUGAAGGUUUUAUUUUUGCUGAACCCGGGCCCCGCCAACAACCCAAGCUGCCCCUCCAACAGUUCACGCCCCGGGGUCCUCCAGGCUGACGCUUCGCUCCUCCGACUUUUCCUCCUUUCCCUGCCCUCUCUAUCCAAUUCUCCACCUUAUUUCUGCCAUUGGGUCUGCACAAUGGUGAGCAUCGACAAAAAGACGUGCCUCAUCGUGAUAGACGGAUGGGGCAUCCCAGGCGAGAACUCGCCCAAGGAGGGCGAUGCCAUCCUCGCCGCCGAUACGCCGUGUAUGGAUGAGUUUGCGAAGGAGGGCUCGACGACCGCGCAGGGAUACACCGAGCUCGAGGCGUCGUCCCUCGCUGUCGGCCUUCCGGAGGGCCUGAUGGGCAACAGCGAGGUCGGCCACUUGAACAUUGGCGCAGGCAGAGUCGUCUGGCAAGACGUGGUCAAAAUCGACCUGACCAUCAAGAAGGACACCUUCAAGGACACCAAGGCGAUCCAGGACUCCUUCAACCGCGCCAAGAACGGCAAUGGCAGGCUCCACCUUCUGGGUCUGGUUUCGGACGGCGGCGUCCACUCGCACAUCAACCACCUCAUUGCCCUCCUCAAAGUCGCCAAGGACAUUGGCGUUCCUAAGGUCUACAUCCACUUCUUCGGCGACGGCCGUGAUACCGAUCCCAAGUCCGGCGCAAGAUACAUGGAGGACCUGCUCAAGGCUGCGAAGGAGGUUGGAGUCGGAGAGAUUGCGACUGUUGUCGGGCGCUACUACAUCAUGGACCGCGAUAAGAGGUGGGACAGAGUCGAAGUCGGCAUGAAGGGCCUGGUUCUGGGAGAGGGCGAGGACAGCGAUGAUCCGGUGGCCACCAUCAAGGAGAGGUACGAGAAGGGAGAGACAGACGAGUUCCUAAAGCCCAUCAUUGUUGGAGGAAAGGAGCGAAGAGUCCAAGACGGCGACACCUUGUUCUUCUUCAACUAUCGCUCUGACCGUGUCCGCGAGGUCACGCAGCUUCUGGGCGACUUCGAUCGCUCUCCGAAACCCGACUUCCCGUACCCCAAGGACAUCCAUCUGACUACCAUGACACGCUACAAUGUGAAGUAUACCUUCCCCAUUGCUUUCCCUCCACAGAAGAUGAACGAUGUCCUCGCCGAGUGGCUGGCGAAGCAGGGCUGCAAGCAGUGCCACGUCGCCGAGACGGAAAAGUACGCGCACGUUACUUUCUUCUUCAACGGGGGCAUCGAGAAGCAGUUUGACAUGGAAGAGCGCGACAUGAUCCCGUCGCCAAAAGUGGCUACUUAUGACAAGGAGCCCAAGAUGAGUGCCAUGGCGGUAGCAGACAAGAUGUGCGAGAGGAUCAAGGAGGGCAACUUCGAAUUCGUCAUGAACAACUUCGCUCCGCCAGACAUGGUCGGUCACACUGGCGUGUACGAAGCCGCUAUCGAAGGCUGCACAGAGACGGAUAAGGCCAUAAAGAAGGUCUACGAUCAAUGCAAAGAGAGCGGAUACGUGCUAUUUGUCACUGCAGAUCACGGCAACGCGGAAGAGAUGCUCAAUGAAGAGGGCAAGCCCAAGACGUCACACACGACGAACAAGGUGCCCUUCGUGAUGGCGAACGCUCCAGAAGGCUGGAGUCUGAAGAAGCACGACGGUGUUCUCGGCGACGUUGCACCCACCAUCCUCGAAGCUAUGGGUCUGUCGCAGCCGGAAGAUAUGGAGGGCCACAGCUUGCUUAUCAAGUCGUGAGAGGGCCCGAAGGCCUUCAACCUCCUUUUCCUCCCUUAAUCGCUUCCUCUGGUCUUUGAAACUCUGGGGAUGAUUGAACGCGAUGUAAGCAUAGAAAAUGACAUAGAGCAAUGGAUUGAUAGAGACGAACGACCUCUGCCAAAGUUAGCUGCGGUGUAGAUGAGGUAGCACGCUGAAUUAAGCUCUGCCCCGUUCAAGAUGAUAUCCAGCUGGCGGGUAAUAUGGUAUUGCCCGUUAUCGAACGUUAAACUUUACUCACGCCUCUUCGUGCUUGACCAGUGGAU